UGAGCACACUUUUGGAGAGGGGGGUCGAUGUGCAGCAAGUCGUGACUGACCGCCACACAGGAGUGCAGAAGUAUUUGAGGGAGGAAAAAAAGGAAAUCAGUCACUACUUUGACCCCUGGCACAUGGGAAAAGGAAUUGGUAAGAAAAUCGAAGAGCUGGGGAAGAGAAAGACGACCCAGGAUGUGAGACUGUGGAAGCAAAGUGUGGUGAACCACCUCUACUGGUCAGCAUCCAGUUCCUCCUCAGGACAGGAGGCAGUUGCAAAGUGGACUUCAGUUGCCAACCACAUCCAAAAUGUGCACAGCCAUGACAACGCCCUGUUCCCUAGCUGUCUGCAUGCACCUCUGGAUGGAGAACAGGCAAGACAGUGGCUCAAACCAAGCACAGCAUCAUGUGAGAAGCUCACUGCCAUUCUGUUAGCUCCACGGUUUGUGAAGGACGUAGAGAAGAUAAGCCCUCAGUACCACACAUCCACCUUGGAGGCUUUCCACAGUCUCAUCAUCAGAUUUACUCCAAAAAGUCAAGUCUUCUCCUUCAAAGGAAUGCUGUCUAGAUUACAAAUUGCUGCAAUGCACUAUAAUGAAAAUGCAGCACGCUCACAUGCAGCAACAGCAACUGGUGAGCUGAGAUAUGCUGUAGUGUACCCAAAGUACAAACAUGGAGACUACACAGUGAGAGCCCUGAAGACCAAUCCAACCUCAUUAUAUGUGCACAAGCUUAUGGACCUGCUGUUCGACUCUGUGGUGGUGGAUCCUCUCCCAUAUCAGGAGUACUCGGACAAAAUUACGGUUCCAGAACCGCUCUGUGCCCAGUUCCAAAGACCAGAUAAACGGGAUGCUGUGAGCAGGCACAGGUCCAGGUUUUAAAGUGCACGUCAGGUGAGCUACACAGGAGAUUGUAAUUAUUAGUUAGUACUCUACUCUGUGUGGUUUCUCCUUUUCUCCUCCUCAGCCAGGCUGCACACCACUGUACGACAGAGGAGUUACCUGUCGUCAUUAUGGAUCUUUAUGCUCAUCCACUCGUGACUCAUGCUGUCCACCUCCCAGAUGUCUAUUGAUCUCUACAACCUUUCUGCUCUGUGGCUCCCAUACAACUUGAAAAUCUUGGCCAGCCUCCUGAUAUUGUUACAGAAAAGCCUGUGCUCCCGGGAUCCAUCUCCACGUUUGUCAUCACAGUGAAAGCUACCUCCAGUCUAAGGAACCUAUGAAACAUCACUGUUGGCCCAACCUCUCCUCACAUGGCUCCAGAAUCUCUGC